UCACUGUGAAUCUCUGACAGACCCAAAUGGCAGGUUCAGGCACAGUGAGAUUUCCUACAUCACAACUGCAAGCUCCGCCCCGAGAGCCCCUCAGAGAGGAAGAGAGGACGAUCACGGAACAAGCGUGUGUGUUAGCGGAUUUUAAUGCUCGUAAGAAAGCUAAUUAUGAUAUUAACUUUUAUCAUGCCCCUAAAGACAUUAGUGUCUGAAAGCUGAGUAGCUCCUAUGUUACCUGCCACUUCUACUACACUGGCAACGUUAGGCUGCAAGCUAGCAUGAAGAGGAGUGUGCAGAGCAGUGCUGUCUCUGCCCACGACUCCGAGGCAAAUUGCUAAUGAGCUACUGGAGCUCUGCAGAAGAAAAGCCCUUAAAAAUGACACAGGUAACACGAUUUUGGCCAAAAACUUUAUAUUUAAAGACCACUGAUAACAGGUAAGGUAAUAAAAAGAUGAUCAGAGUGGGACUUUAAGGCAUUUAUGGCAGAUUAUUAACCUCUAUGAUUCAUUGGGUUGUGUUGGCCAACCAUAAUCAACAGUCUUCAAGAAAACCAUGACCUGGAUGAAUGAGAAUCUACAUGGACAUAAUCAACAGUAUGUUUCUAGCUGUACUCUCUGCAGGAAAAUGUAGUCCGGCUGAAGCAUUGCAGAGGCUUUGGCAUUAGCAUCUACUCAGGAUAGCAGAUUAAAAACAGAGCAUUACAGACAGCAGGGUGAGGAUUUCAACUCUGUAUCCACUCAUCAUACAUCACCAGUAACAGAGGCAUAACCUGCACCCACUCGUGAUAGUGGAAUCUCAUGAAGCCUCAUAACAACAACACAUCUUGUGGCUCUGAUUGGUACUGCAUUUAUUUUACAUUUAAAGCCUUGACUGUUACAGAGGGCUAAGGGUCACAUCACAAGCCUGUGGGCUGUACAAUAAAGGUUAUGGAGUGUGCACGCCUUAACCGUGCAUUACAUUAAUGCCCUAGUUUCUAUGUAGUGUACUAUUGAAAAGGAGGCCCUUGCAUUGCUGUGGGCUCUUCAAAACUAAGGUGUUUGAUGGUUCCUCUUUGCAGACUGUUGUUUACACUGAUCACAAGCUGUCACAACCUGCUGUUUUUGAAUCACUGUUAUGGCUGGUUCAAAUUCUCUACAUACUAAGGGACACAACACAAAAGGUUGAAGUUUGUAGUUUGUUUUUUUCAAGCAAUAAACAGAAAUAGAUGCGAAACCCUUAAACAAACCAAGAGGGGCUGCUGCUGUCGGGUGGAGCGAGAGAGUGAGAAGGUUAGUGAGUCCUGUCUAAAUAGACUCAGCCUUGAUUGACUCCAGGGGUUUGCAAAUGGGGACAUUCAGACCAGGAAACAAAUACGCUUAACAGGAAGAAACCCUGAUAUAACAAGAGUUUGGUAUGUGUAGGUAUCGUCAGACCUUCUGUAGAACACAAGAUCAGCCAAAAACAACAAGCAUUUUAUUGAUCAUUCUGUCUACACAUCCCUCAGGUUGGUUCCCAUGACGUGGUCAGCAGACUGCAGUGAUCAUUUUAAUGCCCUCAAGCUUCAUUACUGUAGACGCUCGCAACAACAACUUGAACAGAAUACUCAAACACUGAGGAGUUUGUAGACCACUGCAUCACAGUCAUCAAUACUGAAGGGGGCUGGAGAGCUGCAGGAUACUGUGAACUCUCUGUUUAAAAGACUGUAGCCAAAGAAGCAUUGCAAACAAGAAUCAUGCCCAUUCACUGUUCACACAAGCUGAAGGAAGCUGCUGCUACCAUUCGCUCACAUCACAAUCUAGACAUUUUUCAAGGAACUCAGCUUGUGAAAUAAGAUGAUGACUUCUGGGAAAUUUUGAUCUCACGGGAAGCAAUUCUCACUCAGUUUGUUUUGAACCUAGUUGGAGAAUGAAGUUUUUAUAUUUCAUCAUGUUUUUCUGCUUCUCAGGUAAGUGGCGAUUAUAUCGACUAGAAAGCUGUAUGGCUGUAAAAACACUCCUAUCAGUUUGUCGUUGAAUUUAUGAGCGUUAAAUGCAAAUGGUGGGUCUAAUUUGUGUACAACUCACUGCUUAAGAAAUUGUAUCAGACAUAGAUUUAAUGACAAGUUGCAAUCAUGAUAAUAAUAAUAAAAGUAACAAUAAUCAUUACAUUUUUAACACUUUAUUUACAAUAGAAAAUCACAGUGUUAACAAGAAAAGGCAUUGAUUAGGCACCAUCCAGAGGCACCAGAGGUUGUUGUUGCAUGUCAUUCUUCUUGACUGUUCACUUUCAAAUGAAAAACAAUUCAGGAAAUAUUUAGAAUUACAAAGAAGAGUUAUUAUGGACUGUAAACUUCUCUUUGCACAUUUAUUAAGUGAUGCAGCAACUACUUAAAAUAAAAUUCACAAAUCAGGAAUACUGGGGGAAUAAGAGAGUGGCAUGCCUCAAUUAAAACUUAGCAAAAAUAUUAAGUUUUAGCGUUUUGCAUAAAAUCCCAGUUGAGUAGUGGUACAAGAAAAGUAGCAAAACCAAAACCUGACUGAUCGAAGAUCAAGCUGUGUUGGGAAAAAUACUCUGUCCCUAUUCACAUAAAACAAAUGUGACAAAUUCCAACAAGGAAACGAUCCAAAAAUGUAAACAUGGCCACUUGCAGCGCCUGAUUUCUCCCGUAUCAGCAGUUUCUUUUGGUCAAUCUUUAUUUCAAUCUUUUCUUUUUAGCUUUGGUUCACUCCCACAGUCUCAUGAGUGUCAUGGUCAGUCACAACAGACAAGGGUUCAGUGAAACAUCUCUGAAAACCUGCCAAACAAGGCCCGCUUCACACAGAAACAGAGUUAGCCUCUGUUAGGCCAGUGUUUCCCUCAAAAAUACAAAAAGAAAACAGACCCAUAAGUACAAGAUUUCAAAUGAAUAUUGGUCCACUAGCUGAGACAUCUCUGACCAAUUGAGAUAUUCAAUUAUUCCAACAAGCUCGGGACCACUCAAGGGUUCUAUCCCAGUUGGAGGUGCCAGUAACACUUCCAAAAGGAUUUCCUGACACAGAUCAUAAAACUACCCACAGUUCAUAGCAGUAGUUUAGAGUUGAAAUACAGAGAGGCAGAUUGAUAAAUACACUUCUUUUGCCUUUCCAGGCUUCUCUCUCUUCAUAUGACAAUCCAGAAUGAUCAAUGCCAAUACAGACCCAUCUGAGGCGCCUAAGUUCAUUUUGACCACCUAAACUACUUCCUAUGAGAUAACUGAUUCCCUGUCUUUAGGGAGCAUUCAGUGUUUCCUGACAGGAAACCAUGGCUACAUACUCUGUAGUGCUGAUUUUCAUGUCAACAGCCUCACAUAAAGAUUUAAAUGAAGCUAACCACAUUAUUUCUAGAGAGAAAAAAAGGAGGUCCCCAAACUAGCUCCUCUACCUCCACCGUUGAGUUCAUCUUAAUGAAACUCAGUGUUUCAGUGCCAGGGACGGGGGACUUCUCUGGCAGAAGCCAACACAAAGUAGGACUGUGUUUGAUUUUGUAGUAAGGAUGAUGACACAGGUCUCACUUUUGGUCCUCAAUGGAUAAAUGGUUUGUGGCAAAGGCUCAUGUUGUAUUUUGAGGGCACUUUCCAUGGGGGUACACAAGAGACAUGGCAAGCCCACUCCAAGCCCACUAAACAUAUACUGGCUUCAAAAGCUCCUUAAAGGUGGAGUAGGCAGGAUUCCAUUCAAGAAGGAUCUUUUUUUGUGGUGUGUAUACAAAAAGCUUUCAAUAUCAGUUAAUAGCGAUUGGUUAUUGAUGACAUUUGGGAAUAUAAGGAUAUCGCUGUGUUUUGUUAUGUCUGUGUAAUCAACAUUUUACAUUUUUUGAGCGGCCUGCUCUGACUGUAAACAAAGCCGUUCUCCGCCUCCCCUAACCUUAUUGGUUGUGAGGUGGACGCUGCUCCUGAGUGCUGAUUGGUUGUGAGGCAGAUGCACCCCCAUGUCGUUCACGAGCCCAAACAAAGUUAGCUUGUUACAAUAUCGAACAGUAGAAACCAACCAGAAAGUACGGACAACUGUCUGAAUCCUCCUUUGGCCACGACCACCAACACAAGCAAGAAAACAAAGUAAAUACUGGUGACUCUGGUUGAAUAACAGGCACUUAGAAAGGAGGUAGACCAGUCAAGAGCUAAAAAGCCGGGUCAACAAUGAUGGGGCACACUUUGGGAUUUUGGUGACCCUGUAACCUUUCUGCUGGACGGGUAAACUGCUGUAACAGAAGUGUUUCUUGUCAAACGAGACCUGCUAUGUGUUGGAGUGCGGCUAAACUGUUUACCUCAGGUCCUGGAGUAUGUCACUUUAUGGUAGUUUUAGAAUUCCUGCAAAUAUUGUGUUUGCUGGUAAUAUGUUGGCAUCUACAGCAGCACUAAUGCUUUUUACUUUCACAUUGACUGAGCCCCAUUUGUAAUUAUCUGAAGUAUUUAUCUGCAUUAUAUCUGAAUUUAAUUGAAACGAUUCGAGCGAGCAGGAGUGUCUGUUUGUGGGCGGGGCUUUCUGGAGCAGAGAUGGAGGGGAGAGGAGAAGCUGAGGGGAAAACUGGUUGGGAGGGGUAGUGUUUAUAUCCAAGAUUUCCCCCCAAAACUGGCACUAACUCAGAUCCUGCCUACCCCACAUUUAAUCAGUCAUGUAAGGCUAAGGAGCUGGUCCACUGCACAGGACCAAGGGAAAAUCUGCAUUGCUCUUCUUGUAUGAGGCUCAGUGAUCAGCUGGGGCCAUCCUUCUAGCUGCCUGAAGUAAAUUUUUUCCUGAAAGGCGGAUUGAUGUGAAACCUUGAUUGGAGCAUAGCAUCCGGUUGCACUGUUUUGAAUUGGGAGUCAGUUUCCCUGUGCCAUUUUCGAAGUACUCUCCCAGACAGAUUUCUUAGGAGGCAUUGCUCUCUGAGCUGCUGUAUGGUGCAAAGUGCAAACAGCAAUCAGAGCUUUUCAGAAGGGUGACUCUCUUCCCCCGGGUAGUGUUCCAUGAUAAUGUGUAAGAUUACAGAGUUUCUUAAAACUUAUUUUUGCUGCCGUAACAAGGCCAAACCAAUCAGUUAUUACAGUUUGACAAAGAAAGAACUCUCUAUAUAUCAGAUAGGAGAUGUGAAGGUUGCUGCGAGCACUGCUUUGAAGAAACAGUUAUGUUAUAAACCUGCCAGUAAAAAAUGUAAAAUCUUCAUAAAUCUGGUAUUAGAUAUGGGAAAUUAAACAACCAGCCAGAAGAUGACAGACUGGCAUUGUUCUGGUAAAACUUCUUUGAGUAUAGUGUGACCUAUAUGUCUUGUGAUGUCUCAACACUUUUUUAAACAUCAAGACCACAAAGGUCACAUGAAAACACACACAUGCACUCAAACACAUAUAACAUAUUACCAGUCAUUCUCUUUCAUGUCAUCUCAAAGCGUCCUCUGUUCUUCCUGGACCCAAACCCUCCAUCAUCUCCCUGAUGGAGGUGAAAACUUCUUCCCAAGGCAGAUUUUCUUCCAGCUCUGAACCCUCACCAGCAGUUUCAACACUGUCUACAGAGACCAAGACGAUCUCGCACGCAGCAACUAAAAUGAAAGGUAACAGUUUGGAUGCUGCUCUCUCAAAGCUCUCUCAAAGAGCUUGAUAACAUAAUUGUAACAACUACAACUUCAAUAGUCCAUAUUGAAGUGGGGCUGUUCGAGGUUCUUGCCAACAAGGUUAUUACCCACAGAGGAUCCAGGUCAUAAAACUAAAACUAACCAAUCAGAGUUGGAACCAUCUGCAGGGCCUGGCUUGAGUUCAGCUUUUACCUUCUCGACAAAUAAAAUGAAGAAAUGUAUUAGUGGCACUUUAAAUACCUUAUUGUGAUCUUAAAAUACAUUUUAAGCAACAGUGCAACCAAUACAGCAGAAUUAAAUGCAGAGAGGGGUAUUUUAUUGUUACACCAAAAGUUGUUGGCAAAGCAUAAAGGAGAAACCCAUGUAGCAACACCACAUUAUGACAGCUUUUCACCCUCAUUAUCUUGUAAUUGUGAAUGUAAUAGAAAAGAUGGAGUAGGGGAGACCAGGGCUUGUUGUCACAUGGGUAAGUUGUCACACUGCAAUUAUCUUUGCCACCAGAGGGCUCAACUAAAAAGUGGAAUACUAGUUUUCUUCCUCUACAUGGUCAGGGGUCGUGUCCUGUCUGAGAAGAGAAGAGCACAUUGUGAGCUGAGAUGAGCACCAAUUAACCAUUCCGCACAACUUAAAGUAAAAAAAACUUUAUAACUUAAAACUUUAUAUAGUUUAAAAUAAGCUUCUUCUAGAUAAAAAUCUUAGCAGUGAUACAUGUGGACUUGUUAGAGGAGAGAUUAAGACAUCCUGUCAUAGCUCAGUCAUUGUUCUGUUUUAAGCUAACUUUAAGCUAGAGCUUUAAUUAGCCAACAUGGUAGUUUGAGGCAACAUGUCUCAGUCAAUUUGGGGUUAGUUGUCACAUGUUUAAAAUUGAUUAAAAUUAACAUGGAGAGUCAGUUGUCAUAUUGAAACUUUGACUUCAUUAUUAUUACAGAAAAAAGAGUGGUUUAAAGGAGAGGAGAAAGAGAGAAACCAUGGUCAGGUAUUUCAAAAGAAAAACAGAACAUGGCAGUGCAGUACCUGACGUGAUGCUGAGGGCAGUUAGGCAGGUGACCCUAGCUAAUAAAUCAAUCUGGAGUAUAAUAAAGGACUUUAAUGUCAACUACCAUACCUUAGCUCGGCACUGCAAAAACAUUCAACCCAGCCGAAAUACAGCAUGUUUGAUGAUAUUUUAUGUUAAUGUUUGUUCAAUGACUUUUUCUAGCUCAAUGAUAAACAUUUUCUGUGCCUGACUUUGAUGUUCACUUUCAAAUAAAAAAAUGAGAACAACAAUAAUUUUGUCCUUGUUUUAUAAGCUGCAAAAUCCACUGUGACAUCUUACCUCAUAUAGUGAGACAACUAACCCUAUGGUGGGGCAACAUGUCAAAUGUUUACACUCUCUAUUUAAUUGCUUAUAACUCUGCACUGACACAAGAUAUGAAAAUGACAUGAAUACAAAAUAUAUAUCUGAGACUUUGGUCUUUCAUCUGGUACACAUUUUGUUUAUAUAUGAUGUAUUGAUUCCAAGAAAUAUAUAAGAGUGUAUAAAGUGUGACAACAAGCCCCGGUUUCCCCCACCGCUUAGCAAUAAAUAUCGUGGCCUGCUGAAAAGACUUUUCAGUUCAAGAAAUCCAGCAGAGGGGGCCAACGCAACUCUCAGCAGUUUGGUUGCAGACGGUGGGACCUUCCUGGACAUAGCUCAAGCCACUGCGACUGUACUCAAAUGGUCCACUAUAAACCCUGCCUUCACGCAAUCCUGUCUCCUGUAAUGUGCAUUGAAAGGGAAGAUUAUUAUUGUCAAGUGAAAGGCAAGUGGAGGAAAGAAAGUGGAUGCAUUAAAAAUGUGACUAGACAUGUCAUUGCAUAGCUACCCACCAGAAGACAGACUAUUUUAUUCAUAUUUAAAAAAUGUGAUUUGGAUCUCAAAAAGUUUGUAAAAUGAGUCAAACUGUAAAGCACCUAUUGUUGUAAUCGACACGAUGAAGGCACAGACAAACUGUUUGUCUGCCUGUGUUGUCUGCAGAUACCACAGUGGUCAUCAUUGUUUCUGUAAGCUUGGCUCUUCUGGUCUGUGCCCUUAUCCCUUUUGUAUUCUACGGAUACUGUCGGACAAACACGAGUAAGAAGAUGCAUGCUCACAGACACAUCAUGCAAAAAAACACACCCUAGUAACCCUACAGUGUUAUCUAAGUCUCUUGUUCAUGUAAAUUGAAACACUAUUUUUUUUCCACUUGUUUCAGAUGACCAGAAUAGACCUGAAGCAAACAAGAGUGAGGUGAGCCACCGGUUAUCACCCAGUUGUAAUUCUGACUUGGCACCUAUUAAAGCAUCCAGGUUACAGUUUUUUUUUCAUCAACAGGAAGUUUGUUUUGAGGAAAAAACAGGGGUUUCUUCCACUCAGACUUCAGUGAGGCUUCAGGCUUCAGACCCAGAGUCCAGCAAUCAGGACGCCUCCCAGUUUGCAUCAGUCCACCAAGCACUAGAUCCAAUAAAUCAAGAUUAAGAGGGUUAUAUCUUUUCUAUACAGGAGAAAUAAUUAUACAUUUCAUAGUGGUGCCUUUCCCAGGCAGAGCACUACUGCUUUGCUGAUUUGGCCUGUGCAUGUAGUCAUAUGUCUCACUAACUUUUUGCUUCUUUCAAAACUAAGAAGGCAUACAGUAUAUUGAUGCAUUUAAAUUUAAUGUGAUGGUUCAAUGUUUUUUUUUUUUUUUAUAAAGUGAAACUAAAUCCCCAGUCCCCUUUUUCUAGCUAAAAAAACUGUUUAUACAGUAUGUCUCUCUUUAGUAGUGCUGAUUGAUUCAGGCUCAAACCUCCACAUUUGACAACAAAAUCUUCAAUUUCCUCACUAUGUGUCAGAUAGGUGCAUAGUGACUGCCCUCCACAGGUUGAAAUCCUGGUACUGCAAUCCAUUUUUUUUUUUUUUUGCUGGUUAAUCUGGAGCAUUAACCGUAACAGCUUUCCUGUAGACACAGCAGUUCGGCCCUGGUGGUUGCGUAAAUUGAGCCCACAGCGAUCUGCCAAGAGCCUGGCUGUGCAACCGUCACUUUUCCAGAAAUUGUUUCUUAUUGAAGGGGAUUUAGCCUUUCUCUUAAAAGGCCAAGCUGAAAUCUGACCCUCCUUAUUACUUAUGAUUAAACAACAAAGCUAAAGACACUGCUCUCUUUAAGCAGUCAAAUUUAUCUCUUAUUGAGAACUUGUACUGGGGAACCCGUAAAAAGGUGUAUCAGCUGUGUGGCAGUUGUUGAUUUAACAUCUACCUACCACAAGUGGUUUUGAACAUUAAAUACAUAUUUACAGAAACACCCCUUCUUAUUGUUGAUGGUCUUAUUCUUAUUUAUCUAUCUUUUUAUUUUUUUAGGAUUAAAUGAGGCAUCAGUAUUAAUUCCAAUAACUUUUGUAAUCAAUUUAAAACUCCUUACAGGAUCUUUAAGGUGGGGAUUGAGUAUAUUUAUUGUACACAUUUUUAUGCAGUAGAUGUGUAAGAGGCUACAUAUAUUCACAACCAACACUUUAUAAUACAAGAUUAGCAAGUCUGUAAAUGUUUUCUGUACAUUGUACAUGAUAUGGAAUAAUAACAUGAUCUUACCAUAGUUUUUUAAUCAGCAUAUUUCUAUUUGAAACCUAAAAAUCAUAUUGAAAGUCUGCGUCUACUGUUGUAGACCUACAGAGGAUGUACACAUAAGUGUUGCUAUUCAUCAGAUGAAGUUUUGCCUCUCACCUGAUAGCCUCCUCCACCAUGAUGAGAAACUUUUUCCGCUUUAUAAGUCACCUUUUUUCUGCCUUCACAUUUAUAUGAAUAUAAAAUGAAAAAGAAGUCCAUAUUAUAUGAAAUAGCACUGGACGUUUUUAUAAUAGUACUUAUACUUUGUGAUUUCUUUUCUUUUAAAAUUUGUUCCCUGUCAAUGCGGUCAAAGAAAUAGUAAUCAGAAUUAACUAUAUGUUGUUUACCGCAAGUCUAACAACACCUGGUUUUAACAUAAACUCAUUGAUUGAAAUGCAAUCCAUCCACGUGUCUAUUUACGCAUUUCUGCUGAAUUAGGUUUGUCACUUGUUGCAUCGCAGACUUUCCUGUGAGGGUGUUAGUCGGUCAGCUAAAAGGAAGAGGAGGAAAAUGCUGCAAGCUGCACUCCUACUAACACUUAUUUCAACACUUCUACUCACACAUGGGGAACACACCUACUGAUGGUUUGAUUCAAGACAUCUAGCUGUAAACUUUGUGAAAGUUGACUCAGUUGCCGUCUCUCAUGUGGUUGUUGUUUUUCAAGGCUGUCUAUAUCUUAUGGUGAUAGAGUCCUUUUCUACCUUUCACACCCAACUGAAUGUAUCUUUUUUUUAUUGUUGUGCAUGUGAAGCAACAUCAGGAAACAUUUAAGCCUACCUGUUGAUGGCCUCUCAUGUUAGCACUCCCUUGUUCACCCCUCUCAUUGUUAGAGGAAUGGUGGCUUUAUUGGACAAGAAAUUUCCAUGAUCUUCGAUUUGUUAAGUUUUUUAAAUCAAAAAUGCCUACCAAUAAAAAUUAUUGUCUGCACAACCA